UGCUGAAAACUAAGACCGUCUAAAAAUGACAACUUUCUGUAAUGGUUUCGAUUACAUUUUAAACUAUAUUGCGAUAAAAUUAACAUAAGAAAUGGAAUCAGAAGUGAGUGAAAAAGACGAUGCACUAUCGGAUUUGAAGAUGGAUUUUAUAGGAAGAAAGGGUUGCGAUCCACUGCUGUCAACUGCAAGGGGAAAGCUUCAAAAACGGCGGUCCAAGUUGAACGACGAGAUCAACAGAGAACUUCGUAUGAGGAAUGGAGCUGAAAACUUGUACAGAGCUACGGACAACAAGCGUCUGAAGGAACUGGUGUCAGUAGAACUGCUGUUCUUCAACUCCAACAUACAACUGCUGAAGGAAGAAGUGUCAGAUCUCAACAGCUCGGUCACAGUCUACCAGCAUGACAAUUCAAAUGUUGUUCCAAUGAUUCCACUGGGACUCAAAGAGACCAAGGACAUUGACUACCGAGUAGCUAUCAAGGACUUCAUAUUGGAGCACUACAGCGAGGAUGCUGACAGCUACAACACGGCUCUACAAGAUCUACAGGAGCUCAGACUGGCUAUUCGCACUCCACAUAGGAACGACUCGGGCGUAGAGCUGUUGAUGGAAUACUACAAUCAACUCUACUUCCUUGAGAAGCGUUUCUUUCCACCUGAUAGACGCAUCAGCAUCAUGUUUCAUUGGUAUGAUUCGCUGACUGGUGUUCCAAAUAUCCAGAAGACGUUGACCUUUGAGAAAGGUAGCGUUAUGUUCAACAUCGGUGCGCUGUAUACCCAGAUAGCCUGCAAACAGGAUCGAUUAACAAAACAUGGCUUGAAGGAGGCAGUGCGUUACUUUGAGUUGGCGGGCGGAGCGUUCCGCUACCUUCACAACCACUUCACUCACGCACCUUCCAUGGACAUGCAGCCUCAGACCCUGACUAUGCUGGUACAGCUCAUGAUGUCCCAGGCCCAGGAGUGUGUGUAUGAAAGCCUGUGUCUGGGGGGCGUGGCAGGGGGAGUACAGCAGUGCUCCUACGCGGCACAGGAAGCUGCCAUGGUAUCUCACAUGUACCGUGACACUCAGCAACUGAUGCACACGGAGCAUGUCAAGGACUACAUCCCGUACUCGUGGCUCUCGAUGGCGCAGGUCAAGGCUGAGUACUACGCUGCUCUUGCUCACCACCACGUUGCCAACGCACUCCUAGACCAGCCUGACAGUAUAGACAUGGAGAAGAUUUCAGAGCUGGUCAGCUGUCUGGAGCGCGAGGAAGACGAGAAUGAACCAAUAGAAGUACCACAGACCUUUGAUCAGCGGAAAAAAUUGGCUAAAGCUCAUCUGAAAGAGUCCCUGAUAUGCCAUGAGGAGGCGCUACGACUUCAUGACAUGUGUAAGCAGCUGAGAAAGAUUGACACCUUCCUGGGGAUUCUCAAGAGGGCACAUGACAGUUCAGUCAACAAGUUCGCCACAUUGGAGGAGGAGGAUGACUUCACAGAGAUCCACACUGCACCAAAGGUCAAGGCCACAACCCAUCAGAUUGUUGCCCCAGUGACCCCAGAGUUUGCAAAGGUCAAAGUUCAUGAGUUCUUCCAUAAACUGGGUCCCAUUGCAUUAUUCAAUGCCAAGAACCAGUGGUCGGCUCCCAGGUCUGUGCUGCUAGACAGGAGCCAGGUGCAGGGAUACGGCUUCAGUGUGCGAGGGGAUUGCCCUGUGAAAAUAGCAGAAAUUGAGCCGGGAAGUGUUGCAGAGGCAGCAAACAUCAAUGAAGGGGAUUUCAUAGUGGCUGUGGGUGAAGUUGACACAAAACGGUCAAGACACGACGAAGUAGUGAAUCUAGUUCGUCAGGCCGGCCGUAAUCUCAUUCUGCGCCUUGUAACGCCGAUGAACCAGGACUGUCUGGAGGUGGGCGGCGCUGCCUCGGCGCCAAGUACGCCAAAGACGCCGCAGCGCAUGCAGAGCCCCGGUCACAGUAUGUCUGGCGCAAGUAGCAAGAGCGGAAAGAGCAGUAGACUCAGCGCAUCGUGGAUUUUCAAUCGUAAAGGCGCGAAGGAGAAGGAAGAGGUUCGUCAGGAUGAUUUUAUUUUGAUGGGCGAUGAUUCUGACAAGUUUAGUGACCAUGAUAUACUAAUGUGAGAAGCAUCCAAAUACUGUGAAACUGUUGUUAUUUGUUGGUAAUUUAAGUUGUGGGGCAUAUAUAAGUUGGAGUUACCAAAAUAUGAAAUCCACAAAAUUGCGUGUCAACAAUAUUGUGAUUUCUUGAAAACCAAAAAAGAUCAUGCUGACGAAAAUGGAUUGUUUUACAGUAAAUAGUUUUGCCAUGAAAGCUUGAAUUUUUGUAUAAUUGCUUGGUAGCUCGAUUGCAUCUGUAAAUAUGGUGAUAUUAGAAUGCGCGAUUCACAAUUUACAAGUGACGGUCUUAAGAUCUGAAUUUGCACAGAAUUUUACCAUAUGUCAUCCCUGUUAGCUGUACAUGUUUAGAAUUUUAUGCUUGCAUGUCAGAUUGUCUGUUUUCCCAUUUUUUCACAUCAUUUCAUGGUUUUUAGGAGAAACAAUACUACCAUUUAUUUGUACACCAAU